AUGAAUACCAAAGUAAUAUCACUAGAAUUGCGGCUCCUUCACAAGUGUGCCAUUGCAUUUGGUCAAAAGCUUCAGCUAAAUGAUUGCUUGAGUAACUUGGCAAUAUUACUUGCGUAUGAAAAACGUGGAAUCGAACUGCCCGAAUGUAUUCAUAAUACUGGCUACGAUACUGUUUGUGGUCGAGUAGAAAGACGGAUCAACCAGUUUGCAAUGCCAUUACUGCAGUUAUUAUGCCUUUUAGGAAAUAUUUUAAACUUACUCAUUUACCGAUUACCUUACUUCCAAGGUAGCACUUCGGUGCAUUUUCUCAAAGUCAAAGCUUACGCUAAUUUGGUAUUUGUUGAAUCUAGAAUUUUCGAGGUUAUACAUUCAUGGACUAUGCAACCAGACGCUUCAUUUGAACAAUUUUAUUGGCACUCUAAACCAUAUGUCAUCACUGUGGCUAGCAUGAGCGGUACAAUCUCUACAUGGAUGACAUUAGUAGUGACCAUUGAAACAGUUUUUUGCGUGCUGUUGCCAUUUCAUUUUCGCCAAAUUUUUACUAAACGAAUAAGUUUGAUAAUUUUGCUUGGUUUUGCAAUAGGCAGCGUUUUCUUACAUAUACCGUUUAUUUUUACACAAACAGUUAUCGGCAGUCCAGUAUUCAAAGAAUAUGAUGGCAGACAUUCUAACAGAUGUUACUGGAUCACAAAACUAUAUUCAAUGCAAACUCGAAGAGGAUUAUUUUACGAGCACAUUCAGAAAGCAUAUUACUGGUUGCAAAUAACACUUUCCAUACUUAUUCCAAAUAUUUUUAUGCUUGCCUGCUCUGUACUAAUCGUUACACAAUUUAGUUUCAAGAAUCUUGGCAAAGCAUUCAGUCAACGACGAAAAUGUGUAAUUCGAAUGACUGUUACAACGACGCUGUCACAUCUUCUUUUGGAAGGACCUGCUUUAUUAACGUUUGCAGCUGCAGCAGAAAAAGGCGCAAAUAGUUCGGACCAUGGAAACAAUAUUUGUAUCUUAACACAUGGAAAUAAUCUUUUAUCAGUUAUCAAUGCUACUAUACCAUUUUUCGUUUUUCUGGCAUGUAACGAACAAUUUCGUCGCAUGUCUGUGGUAUUUAUACAAGUUCAUUUGGUUCCACGAACAUUUAUGAAGAAAGUUGCUGAAUGGAGAGAUGUAAGUAUACGAUCCACAUCCACAAAUAGACAUGAGUUACAGAAUGCUAAUAUUUCUACAAAAGAGAACAUCACUGCAUUUCCUACAAAUUACAUGUACUCGUAG